UUUGGAAUGAAACACUGUUUACAGGUGAAGCAACACGUCACCUGACUCACCUGAGACAAACCAGGAAACAGUUUGUUUUUCCUCCUCACUAAAGAGACACAGACUGAAAAACAGAGGAUCAGAUUCACCUUCAGACCAAACUAACAACUUCCUCUGAGUGAGUUCAGCUACAGGAGAGAAACAUGGAAAACUACAACACUGCUGCUUCAACCUGCUGACUCUCCACACACUGAAGCUUCACUCAGAGACAAAUGGCUUCCAGAUCAGAGAAGGAUCUCUGCUGUCCGGUCUGUCAUGACGUCUUUAGAGAUCCUGUUGUUCUGUCAUGUAGCCACAGCUUCUGUAGAGACUGUCUGCAGAGCUGGUGGACAGAGAAACCAACACAGGAGUGUCCAGUUUGUAAGAAAAGAUCUUUGUAUGAACCACCUUGUAACCUGGCGUUGAAGAACCUGUGUGAGAGUUUCUUACAGCAGAGAGAUCAGAGAGCUUCAGAGACUCUCUGCAGUCUGCACUCUGAGAAACUCAAACUCUUCUGUCUGGACCAUCAGCAGCCAGUUUGUGUCGUCUGCAGAGAUUCAGAAAAACACUCCAGCCACAGAUUCAGACCCAUCGAUGAAGCUGCAAAACGCAAGAAGAAACUUCAGGAAACUCUGGAGCCCUUAAAGGAGAAGUUGAAGGUUUUUGAACAAGUUAAAGUGAAGUUUGAUCAAACAGCAGAACUCAUGAAGGCUCAGGCCCAACGCACAGAAACGCAGAUUAAGGAUCAGUUUAAGAAGCUUCACCAGUUUCUAGAAGAGGAAGAGGUGGCCAGGUUGGCUGCACUGAGGGAGGAAGAGGAGCAGAAGAGUCAGAGGAUGAAGGAGAAGAUGGAGGCUCUGAGCAGAGAGAUAGCAGCUCUUUCAGACACAGUCAGAGCCACAGAGGAGGAUCUGAGAGCUGAAGACGUCUCAUUCCUGAUCAACUACAAGGCUGCAGUGGAAAGAGUCCAGCAGCGCCCCCUGCUGGAUGAUCCACAGCUGCUCCCAGGAGCUCUGAUAGACGAGGCCAAACACCUGGGCAACCUGAGCUUCAACAUCUGGAACAAGAUGAAGGACAUGGUCUCCUACACUCCUCUGGUUCUGGACCCAAACACUGCUCAUCCAAGACUCAUCCUGUCUGAAGAUCUGACCAGUGUGAGACGAGGAGAGAAACAGGAACUUCCUGAUAAUCCAGAGAGGUUUAAUAAAUACUGCACUGCCCUGGGCUCUGAGGGCUUUAACUCAGGGACUCACAGCUGGGAUGUCGAGGUUGGAGACAGUACAGCCUGGUUUCUGGGUGUGUUAGCAGCUUCUGUCCAGAGGAAGGGACACAUACGGUCUGGAUUAUGGACAAUAGGGUUCUACAAAGGUAAAUACUCAGCAUGGUCACCGCCAGAUCCAUCCACUGUUCUCAGAGUAAAGAAGAAGCUACAGAGGAUCAGAGUGACUCUCGACUGGAACAGAGGAAAGAUGUUGUUCUCUGAUCUUGAUACGAACACACACAUACACAGCUUCACACACACUUUCACUGAGAGGAUGUUUCCAUUCAUUCUUACCUCUGAUAAACUGAAGAUAUUACCAGUGAAAGUCUGUGUGACAGUGAUUACUUGUGAGUCUGAAAAUGGUGAUUAGUAAACAACUCUUCACUUCUUAAAAGUGAAUGUGUCCAUCUAUUUAUGUUAUGUGAGCAAAUAAAAUCAUAAAAUAAGGCUUAACUGAUCUGUGUGCUGCAGCAAACAGUAACAGCUACCUGGAAAUAAAGAAAAGAGAAUCAGAAUAAUCAGCUGAUUAAUCUGAUUCUUGACCCAAACA